ACUGAGCAUGCGCGCCAGGAGCUCGCGUCCGCCGGCUGUACUGGGCAUGCGCGGACAGGGGUCCGGUGUCAGUGGCGACGAUGUUGGCCGCGGUCGGGACGUAGGCGGCGGCUUGGCCAGGAGAGUCCGGGUGCUGCCGUGCGUUGUUAUGCGAUGGAUGACCAGGCUGCUUUGAGGAAGGUGAGCGGUUCCUCAGACUCUGUUUCCACAGUGAACAGCGAGGAGUUUGUCAUUGUGUCUCAGCAAGCAGAUCCGUCCGCCACCAAUGAAGAAAAACCAGCGUUGAAGAUCGCUUGUAAUGGGGAUGAGCAGCAACUAAAGGCAGCACUGGAGGAAGGACAGAAAGAUGAAAUAAUAACUGGAGCAGCAGGAGAAAGUGGAUGUAGAAGCCUGAGGACCCGAGAAAAAAUGUUGAAACAAAAGCCUCUGCAUUUAAUCUUGGAUUCCUCUGCAAUGGAAGCAGAGCUGCCUGCUUUAAGGGGUGCAUCGCCUACUGCCGAGGAAGAGGAGAGCGUGCUGUUCAACAAGUUAACCUACCUAGGAUGCACAAAGGUGACUUCUCCACGCAAUGAAGGGGAGGCUCUUCGCGCCAUGGCCGAACUACGUACAAGUUGUCAAAUUCCUAUUCACAUUACCUUGUAUGUGCCUAAUGUUGCAGACGGAUGUGUAAGGAUUAUAGACCAGGCUACAAAUGUAGAGAUAGCUGCGUUUCCCAUAUAUACCGUGCUGUUCUGUGUCCGAGGCAUUGAUGGGACUUCAGAGAGCAAUUACUUUGCAUUUACUGAAAGUUACGGCAGUACAGACGAGUUCCAGCUACACGUGUUCUGUUGUGAAAUCAAAGAAGCUGUUAGUCGAAUUCUGUACAGCUUUUCCACCACUUUCCGCCGAACUUCCAAACAGACAGCAGAAGUAAAAUACAUGAGUGACACAAGCCCCGAGAGUGACAGCUAUAACUUCACGGUUACUCUAGAAGUGAAGGAGGAUGAUGGAAAAAGCAAUUUCAGUGCCGUGCCAAAGGACAGAGAAAAACUCUAUUUUAAGUUGCGACAAGGGAUAGAGAAGAAAUUAAUAAUCAAUGUUCAUCAAACAUCAAACAAUGAACUCGCCAUUGAGAGAUGUUUCGGUAUGCUCUUGAGUCAAGGGACAAAUGUGCGGAACAGUGACAUGCAUCUGCUUGACAUGGAAUCCAUGGGAAAGAGUGCUGAUGGAAAGUUCUACAUCAUCACAGGGACCUGGAACCCUAAUGGUCCUGCCUUUCAGGCACUGAAUGAAGAAACCCCCAAAGAUGUGAGAGUUUACAUGACGGUGGCAGUGGACUUGGUGAUCACUGAGGUGGUGGAGCCAGUUCGGUUUCAGUUAGAAACUGUAGUCCGUGUGUAUUCAGCAAAUGAGAGGUUCUGGUACUUCAGCCGAAAGACCUUCACAGAAGUAUUCCACCUGAAGCUGAAACAGUCAGAGGUCAGAAGCCAUACCGGUAGUGCUGACACCAUGUAUGAGGUGGUGUCCCUGCAGAAGCAAUCUGAGAGGGAUGGAACUGCACCUCCUGCAACUGGCUUCAUGCUGUACCUUGGGAGACAGACUAGUGUGACUCAUUCUCCUCAGGAUGAUGAGGAAGAGAAAGACAGUGAUAAUGAAUUGUCAAGCGGCACUGGGGAUGUUUCCAAAGACUGUCCUGAGAAAAUCCUGGAAUCAUGGGGGGAUUUGCUGCAGAGAUGGCACAGCAACCUGACAACCAGACCCAAGGGGCUGCCUGUCCUUGUUCGACGUGGAGUACCAGAAGCACUCAGAGCGGAAGUUUGGCAACUGUUGUCCGGUUGCCACGACAACCAGGCAAUGCUGGAAAAGUACAGAAUCCUGAUCACUAAGGAUUCUGUUCAGGAGAAUGUCAUCACCCGCGAUAUUAAUCGAACUUUUCCAGCCCAUGAUUACUUCAAGGACACUGACGGGGAUGGACAAGAUUCAUUGUUUAAGAUUUGCAAGGCUUAUUCUGUGCACGAUGAGGACAUUGGUUAUUGCCAGGGCCAAUCUUUCCUCGCUGCUGUUCUCCUGCUGCACAUGCCGGAAGAGCAGGCGUUUUGUGUCCUGGUGAAGAUCAUGUAUGACUACGGUCUGCGAGAGCUCUACAAAAACAAUUUUGAAGAUCUUCAUUGCAAGUUUUACCAGCUGGAAAGGCUACUCCAGGAGCAGCUGCCGGAACUCUACAACCACUUUGUGGACCUGAACCUGGAGGCACACAUGUAUGCUUCACAGUGGUUUCUCACGCUCUUCACUGCCAAGUUCCCCCUCUGCAUGGUCUUCCACAUCAUCGACCUGCUGCUCUUCGAGGGAUUGAGUGUCAUUUUCAAUGUGGCCCUGGCUCUACUAAAGACCUCCAAGGAGGACUUGCUGCAGGCCGACUUUGAAGGGGCUUUAAAGUUCUUCCGUGUCCAGCUGCCAAAACGUUAUAGGGCCGAGGAAAAUGCCAGGAGAUUAAUGGAGCAAGCCUGCAAUAUAAAGGUGCCAACAAAAAAGCUAAAGAAAUACGAGAAGGAAUACCAGACCAUGAGAGAGCAGCAGGCACAGCAGGAAGAUCCCAUCGACAGAUACAAGCGGGAGAACCGGAGGCUGCAGGAGGCCAGCCUGCGCCUGGAGCAGGAGAACGAUGACCUGGCUCACGAGCUGGUGACCAGCAAGAUCGCGCUGCGCAACGACCUGGAUCAGAUUGAAGACAAAGCCGAUGUCCUCAACAAAGAGCUGCUGCAGACCAAACAGAAGCUGGUGGAGACGGAGGACGAGAAGAAGAGGCAGGAGGAGGAGUCGGCCCAGAUUAAGGAGGUUUUCCGCCGAGAGUUGGAGAAGGCUGAAUCAGAGGUCAAGAAGACGAGUGCUAUAAUCUCAGAGUACAAGCAGAUCUGUUCACAGUUGAGCACACGACUGGAGAAGCAGCAGGCUGCCAGUAAGGAGGAGCUGGAGCUGGUGAAGGGUAAGGUGCUGUCCUGUGAACGGUGCUGCAAGCUCUUCAGAAAGGACGGCGAGCUGCAGGUUCCGGAGCCUGGGCAGGCUUGCAUCCUCCAGCACGUGGACGAGGAGAAGGAACUGCUGAAGAAGCAGCUGAGGGAGAUGGAACUGGAGCUGGCACAGACCAAGCUGCAGCUCGUGGAGGCUAAAUGCAAAAUACAGGAGCUGGAACACCACCGGGGAGCUCUGCUCAACGAGAUUCAAGCCACCAGAAACUCCUGGUUCAGCAAGACCCUGAACUCGAUCAAAACUGCCACCAGCACACAGCCGCCACCUCCUCCACCGCCCAAGGAAUGCACAUAGUACUGGGCAGCUCCAAGCGGCAAGAGAGCAGCGGCCUGGGCCUCCUCCCUCAUGGCACGGAAGGAGGGCCAGUCUCCACAGAGGAAAGGCGGGUCCUGGAGAGCACUAGUCUGGCCAGGCUGCUCACUGUUGACCCUUUUGUAUAUUCAUGGACUUUGUCAUUAUUUAAUCCAAUGUUACUAAUUGUUGGUUUGUGUAUUGUAAAGCAACGAAUGUUUGUUGUAUUUUAUAUUACCUUGGUGUUCCUUUCAUUGCCGUUGGUUCUGGAUCAAUGUUGCCGUAGGCUAAUGUCUUUCCAUACUCUGCAUGAGGGAAGAGGUUCUCCCAGCAAUCCAUCCCUGGCAGUAUACGGCCUCUCCCUGCAAACUAACAACAUCCGUCCUCCCCACUCUUCCUCCUCCCCCCCAGCUCCAUCCCACCCAGUGCUAAUUGGCUAAGAACCUUCGACAGAGAGUGUUCAAGCUUAGUCUAGACUGACUGAGGAUGUUCUACCUCUGCCUAGACUGACUGAGGAUGUUUGAGCUGGAUCCAGACUGAGAAUGUUUAAGUUCGGUACAGACUGAGUGAAAAUGCCUCACUGCUCCCACUUAUUUGUCCCUCUGGCUUCAGUCGCAUUGUUUAUGUGGUUGCUAAGCCUCACAGGCCUUUAGCGGACAUCUUGUGUAUUUCCUAAACACCCUGCGUGGAUCUCCCUGCAGGAGUAUCCCAACCUUCUCCUCUUAAAGUCUUUACAAACCGACAUGUGUCGACGUGGCAAUGGAACUGACGCAGGACUCAAUUUGCACAAUGUAUAAAGAAAUAAUCUAUCCUGUUUCUCUAAUUUUGAAACUGGCUUGAUAUUAAUAUGUAGUUAAAAUUAGGAGAGAUUUUAUGCUUAACCUGCAACCUGUUCUGGCAGUGGGCAGGUUCCUUUUGUUUCUGGUUGUCUAUAGUUUCAGGCUCCCCAUCUCUUACUCUUACCAGCCCCAUGGGAACAGCUUGAAUUUCUAACAGUUGUAUUUUCGGAAAUAAACUAUCUGGCUCUGA